UAAAGAAUGAGAAAACUACAGGCUAACUGGUAAGCUAAUACCAGAGACACUCAGAGCAUGGACACGUCUGGAAACGCUACGUACUCCAAUGAAGACUUUGUGUAUGAAAACCCAUUUAGCAGUGGGGGACUAGACAAUAUGGGAAACGAUACUCAUGUAAAUGAUAGCUCUAUUGACCCCAAUGAUAAAGUGGCGAUAAUCCAAAAAGGACCAGGACCAGUUGUUCCUUUGAGUUCAUCGUGGAGAGCUGCAGCAGUGUGUCUGGGGAUGCUGUGUGCUCUCCUACUGGCUGGGAUCAUAGCACUGGGAGUCAUCUUCACCAGAGUUAAUGAAGACAAAACCAUAACGACUAUGGAGAGAGACCAACUGCAGACCAGUAACACCAACCUGACCAGAGAGAGAGACCAACUACAGACCAGUUACACCAACCUGACCAGAGAGAGAGACCAGUUACAGACCAGUAACACCAUCCUGACCAGAGAGAGAGAUGAGCUUAAGAGGAGGCCGUGUGAUGAAUACGGAUGGAGCAGAUUUAACAGCAGCUGUUACUACAUCUCCACGGAGAAGAAAAGCUGGGAGGAGAGCAGAAAGGACUGUAUCAGAAGAGGGGCAGACCUGGUGAUCAUUAACAGCAUAGAGGAGAUGGAAUUUGUUCACACUAGAACCAGAAACCUAGGCAGUGUCUGGUUGGGUCUGACUGAUAACGUUCCACCAACGUUCUACCGUUAGUGGACCUGGGUGGAUGGAACACCACUGGAUCCGGCCAAAACAUACUGGGCAUCAGGAGAACCCAAUAUCUACUCUGGUCCCAGCUGUGUUGAGCGAUGGAAACCUGAUCAGCCGGCUGACAGAAGCCUGGCUGACACCCCAUGCCUCAAUAACUUCUACUAUGUGUGUGAGAUGUAAUCUGUAAUACAUUUUUGAUACAAGGUCACUAUUCUUCCUCGUGCAGUUAAUCAGCAGUUCAGUUCAGUCUAGGUUUCCUUGAUGGCUCUGUUCCAAUCAAACAUCCUUCAUGCUCUUUGGUUACAUUUUCUUUAAUUUUAGGUCCUGCUUACAUGAUAUUUGUUUCACAGUGAAUACUGUGUACAACACAUUAAUAGCUUUUAUUCUGUAUUCUUACUGGACAACAGAACUAUUUUCUUCAUUCACAAUAUAUUUACAAAUAAUUUAGUAAUUUGUUACAUUGUUGCAAAACAGAGAAUUGAGACUGUGACAUAGUUAAGUUAAGCACAUUUGAUUCAUAUUAUCCAAUCAAACUAUCAAAUAUCGAUUAACAAUUAUCUCAUUGUAAUAAUUGAAACUAUUCACAUGCUAUAAAACCAACUGACUUUGUUUGUUUGUCUAACUUGUCUCUUCCUCGUACACCUGGCAGGUAUCUGUAGUUCUAUGUCGUGGAGCUCCACCCACAGGGUGUGUGUGGGGUAUUUCCCCAGAUCUAUUUUGAACUCAGGUCAGCAACACAAUACAUGUCCAAUAACUUCCUCAUGCAGUUCAUGAGUUUUCUGAUUAGCAGCUGACUAUCUCAGAGCUCUCAGUGCAGCAUGUUGUAGAUAUUUAGCAUCUUUAUAUUCCUGCUCAUGUAGGUUUAACUCUCCAUGGUAAUGUAUAGGUGAAGUGAUGGUUGUUAUUGUUGCAGUAUUUACUCUGGACACCCUUUUAUCCACUGAGGAAUAAAC